AUGAUACUGCGUUUCACCUUCGUGUUUCUGUUAUUCGUAUCUUCUUUAAAUUGUAAGCAUGGCUUCUAUUGCAGUCGAGAGAAAAGGCAGGCUUGGCAAAGCCAGAUGAGUGAUGUUGAUUUCCAACUGUCUCUACUAGCCAAAUAUGCGGGUAUAGAGUUUCACCCUCAGGUUCUGGAGAUCAUUUUGGAUCUCAUUCGUAUGAAUGUUAGUAUCCCAAUGCUGGCAAAGAUGAUCAAACUUAUGUGUGCCCAGAAAGCACAAGUGCAGACCCCAAACUCUGUCAACAGCCAAAAUGGAAAUAGUAAGGAAGGUAUCCCUUCCAUCCCUAGCCUGGAUUUAUCCCGAACUUUGAUAGUCACUUCCUCUGCCUACUCUUCAGAAUCCAACACUGCUAGCUGCUCCAAUCCAAGCACCAGCAACAGAAACACAGACUCCACGCCAGAUAGGCCAGCAUUAAAUACUCGCAAUCAUGUCACUACCCGGCCUACUCGAACUAGAACUGCUUCAAGAGUCCUCAAAAAAUGA